AUGGCGCUGAUCUGCAUGACGGUGUGGGCGUUCCCGCCUGUGCAGCGCCUCGUCCUGAUGCCCGUGCUGAACUUCUUCCUGGAAGCGCUGAUAUGCAUGAACAGUGUGACAGUCUUUCAACUGAUGAGAUAUCCCUUGCUGCCCGUGCUGCCCUUCUUCCUGAAGGCGCUGACCUGCAUGAGGGUGGGAGUGAUCCCGUCACUGAUGUACUCCUUCCUGGUGCCGCCCAUCAGCUUGACAGCGCUGCUCUACAUGAACGUGGUGGCGGCCCCGACUCUGAUGAAAGUUAUGGUGAUGUUCGUGCCGACUUCCAGAUUGACAGCGAUGCUCUGGAUGAAUGUGGUGGCGAUCCCGCCUGUGCUGCGCUAUCCCCUGCUGCAUGUGCCGACCAUCUACUCCACCACGCUGGUAUACGCGAGUGUGUUGGCGACCCCGCCCCUGAGGAACUACCUCCUGAUGUUCUGUUCUGCUGGUGCGACGAUCCUGCAUACGCCGUUCGAAUUGCACGUGAUGCUGAUGCGCGACCUCCUGGGGCAGUGA